CCUCUGCAUCUUGAAUAAUGAGCGUGAAUGGGUGAGUGUGUGUGCAGGAUGUGGUGAACAGUGUCUGGGGGUUGUGCCGUAACGUGCCCUCUUUUUCCAGCCAGGAGCUGAGUUGUUUUUGUGCGUGUGUGUGGAAGGUGUACAGACUGUGCAGCAGCAGGAACAGCUGAUGGUUGAAGAGAGAGAGGAGCGUGGGGGGAAAGAGAUAUGGGAGGGUCCCGGAGAGGCUGAAGGAGGACAAACAAGCUCAGUGUCGGGGAGUAGGUGGGUGGGAAGCAGAAAGAAGGGCGGCGCUAGUGAAAUCAUAUGAAGGAGAACAUGUAUAUUUACUCAAACGCUACCUCUCCUGUUUAAGCUUUACACAGGUCUGAUGUUUAUGAAACAGAUCUGAGCGACUUAGAAGACUUUUCUGUGCGUUUUAUCCGCUACCAGAUCAGCUUUUUUUUUAAUUUUUUGGGUUGCGCGUAAAGAGGAUGCUUUUGCCUCUUCAGCUCACACCUGGAACAAGGAAACCACGAGAGAUCUUUUGUUGUUUUUAAGAGCUUUGCUGCAUCAGAAGAGCCUAUUUUUUAAUUUGUGUUUUUGGACUGCUUUUCCGGACUGUCACCGGGAUGUAACGCGGUCUUAAUGUGCCUUUCUAACUGUGACCUCUAGCACCACCUGUGCGCCCUAAGAGAGAGUUUGGCUGCUGCGCUGGAGAAACCUUACAGCCGCCGUCAGGGAAAACUACACCAAAAAGAUAAGCGCGGUACGUUUCACCGAACGUGAUUUUACGCACAAAGAAGACGUGUGCGCUCAAGGCGAGACAAGGUGCUGUGAGGUGGAAAAAGAAGCAAAUAGAGAAAUAAAAGGCAAAAAAAGCAAAUCCCAGCCAUCAACAUGACGGACGGUCCGAGACAACGGAGCAGCACGGCGGGUUCUGCCAAGGAUGGAGACAAGGAGUCCGGAGGAGGUGGAGUUGCGCUCAAGAAAGAAAUCGGACUUGUGAGCGCCUGCGGUAUUAUAGUUGGUAACAUCAUCGGCUCAGGUAUCUUCGUCAGUCCGAAAGGAGUGAUGGAGAACGCCAGCUCUGUGGGCUUGGCCCUGAUCGUCUGGAUCAUCACGGGCAUCAUCACCGCCAUCGGAGCGCUGUGCUACGCUGAGCUGGGCGUCACCAUCCCCAAGUCAGGAGGAGACUACUCCUACGUCAAGGACAUUUUUGGCGGUCUGGCUGGGUUCCUGCGACUGUGGAUCGCUGUGCUGGUCAUCUACCCGACCAACCAGGCCGUGAUCGCGCUGACCUUCUCCAACUACGUCCUCCAGCCUCUGUUCCCCACCUGCUUUCCACCAGAGAACGGCCUUCGUCUGCUGGCUGCUGUGUGUCUCUUGCUGCUCACAUGGGUGAACUGCUCCAGCGUGAGGUGGGCCACCAGAGUGCAGGACAUCUUCACGGCCGGCAAGCUGCUGGCCCUCGGCCUCAUCAUCAUCAUGGGCAUCGUGCAGAUCUGCAAGGGAGAGUACUACUGGCUGGAGCCUGCCAAUGCAUUUGAGCCCCUCCAGGACUAUAAUGUGGGGUUCAUAGCUUUAGCUUUUCUACAAGGCUCCUUCGCCUACGGAGGCUGGAACUUCCUGAACUACGUCACAGAGGAGCUGGUGGAUCCUUAUGUGAACCUUCCUCGUGCCAUCUUCAUCUCCAUCCCCCUCGUGACCUUCGUUUACGUCUUCGCUAACAUCGCCUACGUCACGGCCAUGAGUCCUCAGGAGCUGCUCGCCUCCAAUGCUGUUGCCGUGACGUUUGGUGAGAAGCUGCUGGGAGUCAUGUCGUGGAUCAUGCCCAUCUCUGUGGCUCUGUCCACCUUCGGAGGUGUCAACGGUUCCCUCUUCACGUCUUCACGACUGUUCUUUGCCGGAGCCAGAGAGGGCCACCUCCCCAGUCUGCUGGCCAUGAUCCAUGUAAAACGCUGCACCCCCAUCCCUGCUCUGCUCUUCACUUGUCUGUCCACCCUGCUGAUGCUGUGCACCAGCGACAUGUACACGCUCAUCAACUACGUGGGCUUCAUCAACUACCUCUUCUACGGAGUGACUGUCGCCGGGCAGAUCGUCCUGCGAUUUAAACAGCCCAACAUCCACCGGCCAAUCAAGAUCAGCCUUAUAUGGCCGGUCAUUUACCUCCUCUUCUGGGCCUUCCUGCUCAUCUUCUCCCUCUACUCUGAGCCGGUGGUGUGUGGCAUCGGCCUCGCCAUCAUGCUGACCGGUGUCCCCGUCUAUUUCCUGGGAGUCUACUGGGACAACAAGCCCCAGUGCUUCGACGCCUUUGUUGAUAAAAUGACCUACUUGGGUCAGAAGUUCUGUGUGGUCGUUUAUCCAGCUGAAAGCAGCAGCAGCGGGAGCGGUGAGGAAGGAGAGGAAAUGAAGGAGGCCAUGUCUCCUCUGUCCAAGGACGACGGAGACAACCACAAGUCAGCAGACUGCUAAAGCGCACCUUUUUUAACUCUCACCUGCCCCCAGAAUAGACGCCGGCGGGUGUGCACACCAACACACACCAGUUUAGAGUGGAUUUACUGAUCAACACAUGUGCCCCCACGCUUUGUCUUGGAGAUUUUUAGUUGGUUUUAGCAUCAAUCAGUAUUUUCUGUGCCAAAUAUAGUAAGAAGUGUUGAAAAUAAUAUGACCCUUUCUGUCUGGGGUCCUGCAAAAGUGCAAUACAGAAAGGUUAGCACCUUCCAGCUCCUCAACACAUGACAUCUAGCCAUUUAUUUCAGCAUCUUCAUCAUCCUCCCUCUUCCAUUUCCACACACUAACUGCAAAUUUCCCCCAUCAGAGCGCCUUUUUUGAAAGUAUUUUUUAUUAUCAAAAGACUUUUCCUGUGCUGUGAUGGCUACAGAAACUCUCGUUUUGUUCCUCUUUUCUUAAUUUUGCUUUGUCACUCUUUCAACACACCAAAGCUGCAUUUUGAUUGUCAAAGCAAGAAAAUCAGAUUCAGAUCAAGUCGUUUAAUGCCGUGAAGUCGUACACUAAGACUGUGUUUUGUUUUUCAAGGUGACUGUAAUUCUGAAAUGUUCCUCUAUUAUUUUUUUUGUAAUUGUGAUAAUUGCGUAUGUCAUUUAUUGUUUUUUUUUUUAGUUUGAAUAUGUUAAUUCUAGCAUUGUUGAUAGACUUUUUUUCUAACAUCAUAUUCAUCCGGGCCUAUUUUUUACUGCGGAUGUGUAACACCUGAAAGCCGAUGUGAGAUCUGUACUUUGUAUUGCUAAAUGUGCUUGUAAAUGGUGAAGUUUUUUUCUGUUGUUUUUUUUAAUUGCCUUAAUUAGGAUACAUUCUGUGUUUUAGUACCAUUGCAGAUGUUUUGACGGACGUGGAGAGUUGGUCAAUCCUUAUACUUUGGGCUAGUUUUUCAUUUUUAUCAAAAAAAAAAUGUCGAAAAAUAACAUAAGAAGUGACACUACACAAGUAAUUAACCCGUUAGCAUGGCAAGUCACGACGCUUUUUAACCACCACAUUCGCUUUUUUGUACAAAUCCUGACACCGACACAUGUGAAUGCCUGUGUGAGAAGCAGUUUUUCUUUUGUAAAAAAAAAAAAAAAAGGCAUUGAUUGUCUUUCAUGUCUUACGGUGAAAAUAUUUUUGUAGCUUACCAUCUGAAUCAUUUUUUGUGCUUUAUUUAGCGCCUAGAAAUGAGAGCUUUACAUAAAAGGACUAUUUUUUUGAUCCGUACAAUUAGGUAGAAGACAUUAGUGCAAUAUUACUGCAGGCACCAGCAAAAAAAACUGAACACGCACCCAUGAAUGAACUCAUUACGUCUGUAAUGCAACAGCAAUGCAUCGAUACUCAUGCUGCAUAUUCUAUAAACACUCCAUAUGUAUGCUUCAGUUUUUCUACAAUCUCUUAGUGUCUCAGGGCAUCCCCACUGCCUUCUCCUUAUAUACACUGCCUAAAACCUCCAGACCGUGAAAACUCCACACAUCCAACUGAUUGCCUCUUUGAAAUCCAGUUUAUUAGUGCUAAAUGUCUGUACUGGUGCUCUUAGAUAUUUAUUCCUCAGGAGUCUCAAUCUUACAAGAGGAUGACAGGAGUUCAAGGAUUUACAAAAAAAAAAAGAAGAAGAAAGAAAUCAAAUUAUCGACAUAGUUUGGCCAGUAUUGUGUAGAUUGCUUUUGCUGAACUGUAAGGGGAACAGGGUGUCUUGGAUGUCUUGACAAGUACAAUGAUGCGUUUUUGUGCCCGUUAUUGUGCAUUUACAGUGUACACCAAUGUCAUGACAGUCUGUAUAUUGUCUCUUAGUAAAUAAAAACCACUGACUAAUGUUUGAAUUUGUAAUCAAAGGCCUCAUUUAUCAAAAAAAAAAGAGCUUCCUCGAUUGUCCAAAUUGCAGUAAUUUCAAAGAAUGCAAGGUUCCAUAAGUGAUAAUAACAAAAUAAGACAUUUUCCACACUCUUAACCCUCCUGUCUUCAUUUACAGGCACCGAAAAGUACUGUUUCCUUGUUUGAAAAAAAUCAAAAAAUUCAGGAAGAAAAUUCCCCAAAUUUCUGAAAAUUUGCAAAACCUGCAGGAAGAAAAUUCCAAUAAUUCCUUGAAAAUUUCCCUUAAAAAAUUUUGGCAAAAAAAUGAAUUUAAAACAUUAAAAAAAAAUCAAAAAAUGAGUAAUAAUCUUCCAAGAAAAUCCUAAAAAUAUCUAAAAUGACUCCAUAUAUAUCAGUAAAAAGUCUGAUAUUUUCUUUAAGAACAUUCAGCAAAAAAAACAUUUUUUUUUGGUGAAUGUUCUUAAGAAACAUUUUUAACAUUUUUAUUCCACCAAAAAAUGUUCCAAGAUUUCCCAAAAAUGUUGAAAAUGAGGACAUCAGAAGUUUCCCUGUGAAAACAUAUUUUUUCCCCACAUUUUCAAACUUUAAAACAGGUUAGAUUUGAACCGCAGGACGACACGAGGGUUAAUACACAGCAUACACUUUGUGGAUCCCACAUUUCACAUAAAUGAGGCCUGAAAACUUUUCCACCUCAGAAAUCAAAUGUUGCAACUCUAUGUGACACAAUAAUGCAAACCGUGCAGGCUGUAAUGUUCAGUUUGAAGUUUAAUCUGCCGUAUUUACAGCCUAGAAUCUGUGUAAAGAAAGCACCACGCUGCAGAGUUUUCUACUUCGUUGCUGCUCGGCAUCCUGUACUAAGCUGCAAACUUCAAAUCUUGCUUAUAUUUAGCUUGAAACGGCCUUCGUGUGGUGGAAAUUUUAGGUGUUAGUGUGUCUAUGCGAAUCUUUUCUUAGCAAUAUAAUAUCACAUAGGAUACACUGUGAUACAAGUGUUAUUUCUAAAUCAUUUCGUGCACACAGUGGUCUAAUUUAACACUGUUUGCAGUCUACCCACCAUAAUGUCUCUACAACUUAAGUCUAUUUUUGUGUUAAAAAUGUAAUUGUACAUAUUGGUGGAGAGUGUGUGGCAAGAAUAAAAAGAAUACAAGUUUCA